UGUUCUAAUCUAAAUGUAACUAAUCUUGAAAAUUUAUGUAUUGAAAUUCGUAAACCUAACUCAAAGCCAUUUCUGAUAGCUACAUGGUAUAGACCUCCUUGCUCUUCGAUUGAUUUAUUUUUAUAUUACGAAUCGUUUCUUCAAAAACUAGAUUCCCUUGGUCUUGAAUAUUAUCCUUUAAGUGAUUUAAAUUGUAACCUGGCCACCUUACAGUAUGAUUCAAAUACUCUUUGCUUAUAUGAAAUUUCUAAUUUAUUUGGGCUUCAACAACUUAUAACUGAACCUAUUCACAUAACAAAAUCCUCGGCAACUUUAAUUGAUUUAAUUUUUACCUGA